AGCAAGUGUAUAACUAGUUAUGCACAUGACCCCGCAGUCGCAUUAAACAUCCCACUUCGAAAUUUGGCCCGAGCUGUGACUUUUGAAAGGCAGCGGGCGGCGGGCGGCUUUGGAUGACUCAAAAUAUCACAUCCCACUUCGCUCCCAAAGCUCCGUACAUUUUCAGGGACCAAUUCGACCUCGAGCAUUCCCUCGACAUUUCGCAACUCUUGGAGGCUACGGGUCGAAUUCACCACACAACCCUAAAAUGGCGAGCGACCUCAUUUCCCAGGUGCUCAAUGCCCUGGACAAGAACAGCCCCAUCCUGUCCUCCGAUGCCUUUCCGAAUGUCCCCUUCGCCGAGUUGAAGGCCACCGUUGACCGCCUUAGCUCGCGGUCCAUGGUCGAGUACAAGCAGUUGGAACGAGAGGAGGCUAUCCUGGAGCCCGAGGGCAAGGCCAUCGCCGAGACGGGAAGUCAUGAAGCACGCGUCUUCGCCGCUCUGAGCAAGGCCAUGAAGGCUUUGUCCGUCCAGGAAAUCCAGGAGGCCGUCGGAGACAAGAAUGUCGCAAAAUUUGGCCAAGGCGGAGCAAUGAAGAACAAAUGGAUCAAGAAGGUCGAGGGCGGCAAGUUCGAGGCUGCCGUCGACUCGAUAACAGACACAACCAAGGAGCAGCUUCAGACCAUCGAGAAGGAGCGCACAUUGUCCGACACCAAGGCCUUCGCCGAGUUCAAGAAGAAGAAGCUCAUAAAGAUUCAAAAAGUCAUCAGCUUCUCCAUCUCAAAGGGUCCCAAAUUCGCCCUCGAGUUGGUCAAGGAGGAGACCGAUCUGACGGAAGAAAUGUUGAGUUCCGGCGCAUGGAAGACGGCCACAUUCAAGCCGUACAACUUCAAUGCCUUGGGAGCUGACCAGCAUGCGGGCGCCUUACAUCCUCUCAUGAAAGUUCGCCAUGAGUUCAGAAACAUUUUCUUCGAGAUGGGCUUCGAGGAGAUGCCUACUUCCCGCUUCGUUGAAUCGGGAUUCUGGAACUUCGACACACUCUUCGUUCCCCAACAACAUCCCGCCAGAGACUUGCAGGACACUUUCUAUAUCAGUGACCCAGCCGUCGCGCACAAGCCGCGUGCUGAGGAUGCAGAGGACAAGAAGGACUAUGCAACAUAUUUCGACAAUGUCAAGGCUGUCCACGAACACGGCAAGUAUGGAUCAAUUGGCUACAGAUACCGUUGGGAUGAGGAAGAGUCUUUAAGGCUGGUCCUGAGAACUCACACUACUGCCGUCUCCACGGCUAUGCUAUAUAAAUUGGCGGAUAAGAAGGGACCAGAUGGCAAGCCUCCGCCUGCACGAUACUUUUCCAUCGACAGAGUCUUCAGAAACGAAACUGUAGAUGCAACACAUCUUGCCGAGUUCCACCAAGUUGAGGGUGUCAUUGCCGAUUACGACUUGACAUUGGGUGGUCUCAUGGAGUUCAUGGAGAUUUUCUUCAAGAAGAUGGGCAUUGAAGAUCUUCGUUUCAAGCCUGCCUAUAACCCAUACACUGAGCCUUCUUUGGAAAUCUUUUCCUUCCACAAAGGCUUAAAUAAGUUGGUCGAAAUCGGUAACAGUGGCAUGUUCCGACCUGAGAUGUUAGAGGCGAUGGGUUUGCCUAGCGAUAUGAGAGUAUAUGGUUGGGGACUCAGUUUGGAGAGACCGACGAUGAUCAAGUACGGUAUCUCGAAUAUUCGCGAGCUGCUGGGCCACAAGGUCGAUUUGAACUUCAUCGAGAGGAACCCGGCUGUGAGACUAGACAAGAACUAGAUAGAGCUUAUACUCUGGCAUUCGCCGAGCCAAAAAUUCUAAAACCGGACGUUCACGAUGAUUCAGAAGCAGUCUCAACAAACAUGGUUAGCGCAAAAAUAGUGCUAUGCGUCAACUCGGCAUGCCAC